CCCGUCGCCGCCUGAGCGCGCGCUGAAGAAGAGAAAAGUUGUGAUGAGUUCAGAGUGACGCGGCCCGGAGCAGCACCGUCCGGGAUGGCAGUCUGGACCCGAGCGGACAAGAACGGCCAGCUGGACCUCCUGCUCCGCGACCGCUGGAUCCGAGUGGCCGCCGAACUCACCCGAGAAACGCUGACUUUGACGGCCGAGGCGGAGGCGGCCGCGCCGGGGGCCAACCACUGGGACUACGGCGGCUCCGCGGCGGGCCUCCGAAAUGGCAUGUCGAACGGAAACGACCCGGGGGCGAGUCCGGGGGCCCGCGGUCCGCCCUCCGCCCCGGACCCGCUCCAGAACCAGAACCAGAACCACGGCGGCCGGGGGCGCAGCGGCAGCCCGGGGCGGGGGGGCGGCAGCCGGGCUCCGUACGACGGCGGCGGCGGCGGCGGCGGCGGCUACGCGCUCAGCAGCCCCGGGAAGUACCCGAAUAACGGCUCCGACUUCGGCAGCCCCGGGUCCAGCUACGGCAGCCCGGGCUCCAGCUUCGGGUCGCGGCAGGGCGAGGACGGCUCGUCGGAGGCGGUGCGGAAGGUCCGGGUGGUGAAGCAGGAGUCCGGCGGGCUGGGGAUCAGCAUCAAGGGGGGCCGCGAGAACCGGAUGCCCAUCCUCAUCUCCAAGAUCUUCCCGGGACUCGCCGCCGACCAGAGCCGGGCGCUGCGGGUGGGCGACGCGAUCCUGUCGGUGAACGGAAACGACCUCCGGGAGGCGACCCACGACCUGGCGGUGCAGGCGCUCAAGAAGGCGGGCAAGGAGGUGACCCUGGAGGUGAAGUACAUCCGUGAGGUCUCUCCGCUCUUCAAGAAGCCGUCGCUGGUGGCCGACCUGCCGUGGGACGCCGUCCGGCCUCAGUCUCCCAGCUACAGCGGCAGCGAGGACUCGGGCUCCCCCAAACACAGCAGCAGCUCGGCGCCGUCGUCCAAAGACCGGAAGGUGAUCAGCCUGAAGAUGUGCUUCAUCAGCAGGAACCUCACCAUGCCGGACCUGGAGAACAGGCUGCUGGAGCUCCACUCUCCGGACGGCCAGCACACGGUGGUGCUCCGCUGCAAGGACGGGCCGUCGGCCAACUCCUGGUUCACCGCCGUCCACACCAACAUCGCCGCCCUGCUGCCCCAGACCCUGGCCCACAUCAACGCCUACCUGGGGGCCUCGUCCUCGGCCUCCACCCACCCCCACCUCAAGCACAUCGGCUGGCUGGCCGAGCAGGUCCAGCUGGAGGGCGGCCGGCAGCAGUACCGGCCGGUGGUCAUGGCGCUGACGGAGAAGGACAUCCUGCUGUUUGAGUCGGUGCCGUGGAGCCGGGAGUCCUGGUCGGUCCCUCUGCUGACCCACCCGCUGCUCGCCACCAGACUGGUCCACUCCGGCAGCGCUCGCGGUUCUCCGGCUCAGGGUUCUGACCUGGUGUUCGCCACUCGGACCGGAACCGGCCGCGGCAUCGAGUCCCACAUCUUCCGGGUGGAGACCCACUGGGACCUGUCCUCGUGGACGCGAGCCCUCGUCCAGGGCGCUCACGCCGCCGCCGAGCUCAUCAAGGAGGUCUCCAUCGGCUGCACGCUGAACCGGCAGGACGUUCGGCUGACGCUGCACUACGAGAAGGGCUUCACGGUGACGAGGGAACCGGCCGACCCAGCGGGGGGCGCCGUGCUCUUCAGAUACCCCUACGAGAAGCUCAAGAUGUCCGCCGACGACGGAAUACGCAACCUGUACCUUGACUUCGGGGGUCCAGAGGGAGAAAUGGUAAAUGAUAUAGUCUAGGUCCACUUAUAGAGAACUGGUGUAUGAGGGCCGUCUGUCGUCUCCAGUGACUCCUAGAACUCUGAAUCUUCUCUGACGGAACCAUUGAAACGUGAAUCUCUGUCUCAAAAAACAAUCCUGUAGUUUGGUUGCUUCAUAGGUUUAUUUUAGGUUUUCUAGAAAUGUGACAGAAUCAUUUGGGUCAAAAACAUUCUUACGAGAGCUGUGGGUUGUUGGUGAUGCAGGACGUUGUGUUGAUCUGAUGUUCUUAGCAGCUUCGUUACUCCU